GAGCAGGAGGAGCAGGAGGAGGCAGCAGCAGCAGCGGCGCCGCCAUGGACGAGAAGGUGUUCACCAAGGAGCUGGACCAGUGGAUCGAGCAGUUGAACGAGUGUAAACAGCUCUCCGAGUCCCAAGUCAAGAGCCUCUGUGAGAAGGCUAAAGAAAUCCUGACUAAGGAGUCCAACGUACAAGAAGUUCGAUGUCCGGUCACCGUCUGCGGAGAUGUCCACGGGCAGUUUCACGACCUCAUGGAACUGUUCAGAAUUGGGGGCAAAUCACCCGACACAAAUUACUUGUUCAUGGGGGACUAUGUUGACCGAGGGUACUAUUCUGUUGAAACAGUCACACUGCUCGUAGCGCUCAAGGUUCGUUACCGUGAACGCAUCACUAUUCUUCGGGGAAACCACGAGAGCCGACAGAUCACACAAGUAUAUGGCUUCUAUGAUGAGUGCUUAAGGAAAUACGGAAAUGCAAACGUUUGGAAAUAUUUUACAGACCUCUUCGAUUACCUUCCUCUAACUGCCUUGGUGGAUGGUCAGAUUUUCUGUCUACAUGGUGGGCUCUCACCCUCCAUAGAUACACUGGAUCACAUCAGAGCACUGGAUCGCCUGCAAGAAGUUCCUCAUGAGGGUCCAAUGUGUGACUUGCUGUGGUCAGACCCAGAUGACCGUGGUGGUUGGGGAAUUUCUCCUCGUGGUGCUGGUUAUACCUUUGGGCAAGAUAUCUCAGAGACUUUUAAUCAUGCCAAUGGCCUUACGCUGGUGUCCAGAGCUCACCAGUUGGUGAUGGAGGGUUAUAACUGGUGCCAUGACCGGAAUGUAGUAACAAUUUUCAGUGCUCCAAACUAUUGUUACCGCUGUGGUAACCAAGCUGCGAUCAUGGAGCUUGAUGAUACCCUAAAAUACUCCUUCUUGCAGUUUGACCCGGCACCUCGUAGAGGUGAACCACAUGUUACUCGCCGUACCCCAGACUACUUCCUGUAACCAGAUUUUACCCUUGUACAGUAUUGCCAUGAACCCUAUGUUGACCUAAAGGAAAUGGGAAGAGCAACAGUAACUCCAAAGUGUCAGAAAAUAGUUAACAUUCAAAAAAACAAAACACUUGUUUUCAUACGGACCAAAAGAUGUGCCAUAUUAAAAUACAAAGCCUCUUGUCAUCAACAGCCGUGACCACUUUAGAAUGAACCAGUUCAUUGCAUGCCGAAGCGACAUUGUUGGUCAAGAAACCAGUUUCUGGCAUAAUGCUAUUUGUAGUUACUUUUGCUUUCUCUGAGAGACUGCAGAUAUUAAGAUGUAAACAUUAACACCUCGUGAAUACAAUUUAACUUUCCAUUUAGCUAUAGCUUUACUCAGCAUGACUGUAGAUAAGGAUAGCAGCAAACAAUCAUUGGAGCUUAAUGAACGUUUUUAAAAGAUCAGUACCAAGGCCUCCCCUCUGUGAGUUUUGAAAUUGUUUUGUUUAUUUUCAGGGAAUACUGUUUAAUUUAAUUGUAUUGAUUUGUCUGCACUCAGUUUAUCUCCCCUCCCAGCCCCACUGUUGUUCCUUGUUAUUGUCAGAUCCUGGUGAGUUGUUUUGAACAGAACUGUUUUUUUUUUUUCCUCUCUGUAAGACGAUGUUACUGCACAACCAAGGACUGCAGUGUUUUUCAUAAUAAACUUGUGAACUAAGUACAGAAAACGUCCCCAUUAAUUGUACUGCAAGGUAGGUUAAUGCUGUUUUAUUAAAAAAGACCGCUCUGUUGAUGGAUUUUGAAAACUGUAGAAACCUCCCGUUGAGAGAAAAAUAAUAAUAAACCAAGACCACAGAAUCUC